UAGAAGCGACAUACCCAACGGGCGCUCGCAUAAACGAAGUUACCAAAAUCAUAGCAUUCCAUGACACGGAUGGACGACUUGUGUGAGCCUUGGGCUAAGAGAUAAUCGGAGAGUGAGAGAACGCACUACAAAAAAUACUAAAAUAUAGGUUCAACUUGGAUGGUGGAUGAGAGCGAAUUCUGUCGUUUCGGUGCUAUGUGUUAUGUUUAUUUUCUUGUGUAUAUAGUUGGGCGCUGGCGUCCCUACAGAGCUCAUUCACCAGUCAUACCUUGGGUGCGAUGGUACACAUUUGGGUCCGUUAUUUAUGGUGUCCUGUGCAGUGAAGCUGGAAAAGUGCAUCGGUAAAGCAUGGUUCAGUGAAACAUUUAAAAUUGAGAUUUUCGUAAAAAGGUGAAUAAAUCAUUCAUUAAAGUGUGGACAGACAAGUUUGAUGAUGAUGUGGGUUAAAAGUGUUGGAGGGAAAUCUAUGACAUUGUUUGUGAAUUUGAAUACACGUAAGCUAGUAAACUGACCAUUACGAUGUUGUACCGUUGCCACAGUUCACGAUUGGAAACGUUGCUCGAAAAAAUUCAACGAAGCAGCCAGGACUACUAUCUGAUGAUGAAUCAAGAGUUCUACUCCUCGCACACGUCGUCAAGCUUUUCACCCUCGAUAUCAGAUGGCAUGACGACACCGAACUCGAUCACCAACGAGAGCGAUGCUGUGUUGCUACUAGCGAACGGUGAGUCCGGUGUUACCGGGGCGUCAGACGGUGCGACCGCCGUAGGAGAUAAAUGCCGUGCCGAGAGACGUAACCGGGCCGACAAUAAUAAUAAAAUAAUUAAAAACAACAAUCACACUAAUAGUCACAGCAAGAAUAAUGACGGCACUUACCGCUGUCAGUUUUGUGAUAAAACGUUUCCACGACUUGGCUAUCUGAAGAAGCACGAACAGAGCCAUACCGAACAUAUGCCAUUCAAGUGUGAAUACUGCGCUCGUUUGUUCAAACACAAGAGGUCAAGAGAUCGCCAUACCAAACUGCAUACGGGAGAUCGCCGAUAUCGGUGCCCUCACUGCGAAGCGGCUUUUUCAAGAAGCGAUCAUCUGAAGAUCCACAUGAAAACGCAUGACAACCAGAAACCCUUUCAGUGCACAAUCUGCAACCGUGGCUACAAUACGGCUGCAGCACUCACGAGUCACAUGCAGAAUCACAAGAAACAAAUUGCCCUCACGGGGAGUCCCAACUUGACCUACAGUCCCCGUUCCACCAGCUCACUUUCGAGUAAUGCGUCCAAUCCGAAAAGAAAGUUUUCACCAUACGAACAAAACCUGAUGAUGAUCAACCGUUCCAAGCUGUUGAAAUCGGGUGAUCUCACCUGCAUCUAUUGCACGCGUACAGAUUUUGGCAACGUCGAGCAACUGGGAGCACAUGUUCAAACCAUGCACAGCAAUUUGCUGCUGAACGAGAACAACUUUCAUCGACAUGCUUCACCGGAUUCGUUGCUGACCUAUCCUCCCAUUUCAUGCGAGUUUUGUACCAUGAAAUUCCCGACCGUUCCCAUGAUGUUUAGUCAUCUCAAAACUACGCAUUCGGAUCGGAUCAACAGCCCGAACAGCUACUUGGAACAGUUCAACAAAAACCUGAUGAGCACAUAUUCUUCAUUCUACGGGGCUGCACUGUUUGAAGAUAAAAACGAACCCGAGGGACGAGCACAGGUUAAAAGCGAACGCCCAGCCAGUCGAAAGAGUAUUCGGGAUGAAAAUGGAAACGACAAAAGUCCCACCGUUGUCGAUUCAAAGUCCAUCAAACAGGAAAAGAAAGAUGAAAACGACAACUCCCAGGAUACGCAGGAACAACUCGCGCCUACAGAUUUAAGCCAACCUCGCAUCAAAAAGUUGAAAAUGGAACAUGAAAAUAACUCGACUCCUAGUCCCGAUAGUAAAGACAUGGAAAAGGAGAGCUCAUCUAAUGGUCCGAGUUCAGUUCUACCAACCCCACCCGGAGCGUACCUUUGCAACCAGUGCAAUGCUGCUCUCCCUGAUUUCGAAUCAUUCCGAACUCACCUUAAGGCUCAUCUAGAGCAAGGAUCAACAGGAUCAUCGUUCGUAUGCCAACAAUGUGGCACCACACUGGGUGACCACCAAGAGUACGAGAAACACGUGACCGGUCACUAUCUCAUCACCGGGGCCGAAUAUCAGUGCGAAACGAGUUGCAGUAAAAAGUUUAACAAGGCGGACGAACUGCACAAGCAUCUGUACGAUUUGCACACCCUCGUACUGUACAAAUGCGCCCUAUGCAGCGAAACUUUCGACAGCAAAGUAACCAUUCAGGUACACUUUGCUGUGACGCACUCGAACGAGGUCAAAAUAUAUCGAUGCUCGGCAUGUACGGAAAUUUUCCGAGCGGAACGAGAAUUCAGGCAUCACAUUCGGACACGACACAUCACUACGGGAGCGGUGCAGUGUGUCUUCUGUCGUGUUGUUUGCUCAUCCGAACUAGAAAUGCAGUUCCAUCUAGCCGCUCAUGCCAGAAAAUUCAAGUGUCCAGCGUGUCCGGAGUCAUUCCACGUGGAGUUUCUGCUGGAUCGACACAUGCAAACUCACCACAGUCAGAAAGAGAUAACUAAUGCAGCCGCAGUUAUCCCCAGCAGCUCCGGUGGCAGCGGGAGUUCCAAUAACAGCACCAAUCUGGAAUACUUGCAACUGCAAGGUCAAAUGGCAGCAGCUGCCGCCGGUUGGCAAAAUUUGUAUGCUGCGAAUAAAUUCUACAAUCCGCUCCACGUCGACACACUUAAUUCUAUGAAGCCCCCGAACUUCUUACACGGAUUCUACGAUAGCCUGAACAAGUCUCAAGCUCAGCGUUAUCUGGAACAGGCAAAGAAGGGAUUCGUUAGCCCAAACAAUGUGACCCAAUCGAAGGCACUGUUAACUCUGUACAAUCAACGAACGGCGACAAUGAAUGGAUUAUAUUCUCCUGACCAAAUCGGAACUAUUGGUGCCGGCAAUGGUAGUCAACAAGUCGUCACAAAUUGUCCAUCUAAUGCACCAGGCUCGACAAAACCAACACCAAACUUCUCCCCUACCACUUUACUGCAUCGCUAUGGAAUCCCUCCAACAAAUAACACACCGACGUUGAAUAGCGCGGCCGAUCGAUCGUCGAUCGUCCCAGACAAACCAACAUCAUCUAAUUCUAAAAAUGGCACAACAAACAAUUAUUACAGUUGUGGCAUUUGCGAAAGAAAUGAUUUCAGCACGGAAAAUGAAGUUCAAACACACAGAAAAAUCGUUCAUAACCUGAAGACAGGGGUCAGUCUUCGAUGCGCCUAUUGCAGCGGAGAUUUUCGAUCAAGAAACGAACUGGAAAACCAUAUGAAAAUUACUCACAAUACCGGAGGCAAACACAAGUGUUUGAUAUGCGACGAAAUUUUUCCUUCUCCGGCGGUUCUCGCCGAGCAUAAACUGACUCACUGCAAGGUGGGUGCAUCGGGACGUUGUUCACAUUGUCCGAUAACUUUGCCUGAUGCACAUAGCUUCAAAACUCAUCUCACACAACAUCAUCAACAAUCUCCGGCUUCGGGAACGUCAGUAAAUUCAAACUCCACCGGUAGCAGCGGCAACGGAUCCGGUUCAAGUCAAGAGCAGGAUCGCUUUCCAAUUCAGUGUAUCUGCUGUCGACAGACGCUUAAUUCGGAAUUCGAAAUCAGCCUACACGCAAAAUUCCACACAAAGUCCAUCGAAACAAAUGAGAAAACGUGCGCCCUCUGCUUGGAACCUUUAGCUUCUGGUCAAGAAACCAAGAUUUGUGAAACAUGUUUGAAGCGUCAUAAUUUCCCUUCUAAACUGUUUUCGAUCAACAACUUCAUCAAAUCGUCUGCAACAUCCUCAUCAUCAACCGGUCAACCUCAGGAAGAUUCCAAUCACCAAACAUCGCUCACGGCUCAGCAAUCUGCCAAGACCACCUUCCAGUGCAAUCUCUGCAAGAAACAUAUCGAUGACGUCCAAAAACUACAAGAGCAUUUGAUCGAUCAUACAUUCGCGGGUUGUGAAGAGCGUGGCUUUAUUUGCUAUCUCUGUUCAUCCGUGUUUACGUCAUCUGCUGGACUGCAGGCACAUAUCACCGAGCACGGAUCGCAGGCCAAACCAUAUGACUGUAACCACUGUGAUGAAGCGUUCUUUUUCCGAGCCGAACUGGAACACCAUCUCAUCGAUCACGAACUGGGUAAAGUUCAUCUGGUUCCUACGAAUGACAUAGAACCACCCGACACGCCGUUGCAGAUCAAGUCGGAAACCAUAGAGCACAUCAUCGCACGAGAUGAAGAGCGGAAUCCAGAUAAACAAGAUACUCCGAAAAGGCAAAAGAGUGAACCAAGGAUAAACUCACCCAGUGCGGACAGUGUCAACAGUGGUAAUGGCAGUAGUUAUCCGGAGCAGGAGGAGUGUGACGAAGAUGACGAUGAAUAUAUAGAAGUCGAGCAUAACGUCGAAGAAGGCCGAAAGGAGCUAACUGUGUCCAGUCAGGAUGGUAUCGAAUGACCCAGUAAAUAAAUGAUCCGAACUAACUUCGUGUAGAUAUAAAUAUACUGUAGAUGCUAGACGAGAAAGAUUAGAAUUUAUUGGUCGUUGUAGUGCAGGACGCUUUCGCUUUGUUUCUCUUCCGUCUUAGUUUCAUUGUAAGUUAUUCGUUGCGUUAGUUAUUUAUUUCGUUCUAUGACUAGGAAAUCAACGAUAGCCAGGCUAGUACUAUUGUUAAUUCGCAUUUAUAGUUAAUCGUAUCCUAGCAAGUCCUGUUUUUUUAAAUUAGAAGAUAUCAGAAUAAC